UCGGUGGAUGCGCGAGCCGCAACACAGAAAUCAUAACCGUCGUUAAAACGGCAUAAAUUAGUACACACCGAUAUUAGUCGGCUUCCCUGUUCCGGUAGCUGGCAGGCGUCGUGUAUUUGUACAGUAAAAUAACCCCGCGACACGACAUUAUUGGUUUUUAAUUUCACCGGAAGCACUUUUAUACCCUCAUUCAUUUUUCCCUGCGCCCUGCUUGGCCCCUGAUAGAAGGGCAAAUAAAAAUGCCGGGGAUAUAAUAUGGGCAUAGAGGAAUUCCCAGAUUGAAUAAGUACCGAGAUUAUGCUAAGUGAUUUUUAUUAUCACCCAGCCACAGUUUUCCUCCGGAACGCUGCUGUGUGUUGUGUGUGCGGGCCAUUUGCCCGAAAUCGAUAACGGAUCAAGGCACGCGCCAAAUCCAUUGAGCCAGCGCAUCUGACCACUUCACUGUAUGGCCCUGUUCACCGUUCUGUUCUCCUGUGCCGUUCGGUGGAAUUGCAUUAAAUCUUUUUUGUUAGCAUAAUCAAAUCGAGUGCGACAUAUAUGGCACUUAUUUUCUACACACGAUUCGGGAAUAUAUUAUCUGAAAAUCGCGGGACGCAGUCAGGGGAUUUCCCGCUGACAACGGGUGUCGAGAUGGUCUGCUAAAUAAAUUAGCGUAAUUGAUGGAUCGAACACGGCCGUAAUGGGAUGUUUCCCUGUUGACAAAUGCACGAUUACGACGUUUCAGCUGCUGUUGCUGCUGCUCCUUGCAUGCUUCUUGCAGCGGGCAAAAAAUCCAUAUUUCGAUAUUUGCCCAAACACUGAUUUUCCUCCAGUGUGUAGCUCUGGCAUCAAGGUUUUAAUGCCGACCAUUCAGCCGAUAUAAAGUCACAUCGUAAACGUUGGAUAUCAGUUUUAUUGACACAUCAGUCUAUUCUGGCUUCAGGUGGCUGGUGGCGUGUGUGUGCCUGUGUAUUAACGGGAAUAAAAUAUGAAUUCCAUAACUUGCUGGCUGUGCUGUGUUGCGUGAUACUGUGGCGUUGCGUGCCCAACUACCAGGGUGCGCCACUGGCCCCUAGCGUGCUCCCGCGCUUAUCCCCGCAUUCCCUGAUCUUGUCCCGUUUUUUUUUAUUAGCAGCAUGUGGUGAUGAAGAUGGCCACGCGGCGCGCUUCCUCCGCGUCCUCCUCGUCGACCAGCACGUCCAUGGGGUCGACGGGAUCGCCCCAGUCCACCCCGGAUAAGGAUGAGCAGCAUCUGCCCGUCAUCAAGAGCAAAUCCGCACCGCCCGUGGGUACCAUCGAGCACCUGGUGGCCGGCUCGGAGACGCUGGAGAGCAUCUCGGCCAAGUUCGAUACGACGCCGUCAGAGCUGGUGCGCAUCAAUAAGCUGGCGCUGCGCAUGGUCUUCCCGGGGCAGCGCAUCUUCAUCCCGGAUCGGGAGUUUGUCAAGGAGGAGAAGGAGGGUGGGGUGCAUCCUCCUCCGACAACGACCGCGCCCGCGACGACGGCCGCGCGGCGCAGCAGUUCCGCGGAGUUAUUCAAGAAGAAGUCCAGCAGCGAGCAGAUCCAGUUUCCCGGACAUAUUGAGCCUGUUAUUGUGGCGGAUGGAAAAGCUGGCGAGGAGAAAAUCCCCCCGAUUGACGAUAUCGCCGAAACACCAGAGCCCGAAGGCGGCAAAUUGGAUGAAGAAUGUUAUGCGCGCUUCCUGAAGAUCAACGCCUCAUUGAUCGUGGAAGAUGUGCAGAUCACCGACGCGGGCAACGUUUCCGGUGUCCUGCUCGUUACCCCCAACGCCAUCAUGUUCGAUCCCAACGUGUCGGAUCCGUUGGUGGUGAAGAACGGCACGGAGAAGUACGGGAUCAUCAUCCCCAUGGAGAACAUCCUCUCCGCCGCCAUCUACUCCGAAAUCAUUCCCAAGAAGGUCCGCAAGGAUUCCCGGGCGGGAUCCAUCUCCUACCAGGCGCUGCAGGGCGUCCUGUCCCUGCCGACGCACCUGGAGAAUGCCGAAACCAUGCCCGACACUCCGGAGGAAGAUGAGAAGACUAUCGACAAAGCGGAUGUUGUGAAAAAUGGGGAACAUGAGAAAACGGACGCUGAGGAGAAAAAGGAGAGUGAAAAAACGGAUGGUGUAAAAUCCCCCGAAGAACCGGCGAAAAAUGGUGCUAUUCAGGCGGAAAGGAAAAAGAGCGGUGAACUGAGGCCGGAGGAGCAGAAAAAUGGAGAUAGUGGUGAAGGGGAGAAACGCGAGGAGAUGAGCAAUAUUAAAGAGGAGUUGCCGACCAUUAGCCAUGAGAAUCCCGAAGGGGAGCUGUUGAAGGAUGGAAAGGCGGACGGGGAGGAAGAGCGACGAGAGGCCCGCCGAUUGCAGGUUGCUCACACCGUCAGUGCCCCGGAAAAGGAGACCGGGAUGGCCCGGGUACGGAAGUUGUCGCCGUUCCGCAGUCGCAAGCCCUCCAGUGAGCGGUCGUCGGUGUCGGGUGGCGAGGAGGAGCAAAGCAGCGAUGGGACACGCACAAAGAAAGGCGCACUGGCGCCGCUGCGGAAAUUAUCGCGGACGCUGAUGAUGGGCGGGAAGCGGCCGUCGGAUUCGGAUGCGGAGAGCACAUUGAGUACACCCGGCCCGAACAGCAGCGGCCCGAUGGACAACAUCUUCCAGCGUACCGGCUCGCUGCGCGGCACCAUCUCGCCCAAGAUCAAAUCCUUCGUCGACUACUCCAGCGGCCUGUUCAAUCCCGGUGAUAAUGCUGAUGAUACGGUCAAGGAGACGCCGUCCAUCAAUCCGGAGGAGGCCGCGUCACCGCUUCCAGGCGAGUCUUUCACCACGUGGCAACUGCGGCGCGGCCUGUCCCGCGAGGACCUCCUGCAGCAUGCCUCCGUCCGCCGGCAGAAAUUCGGCUAUCGCUCCCUGAUCACGAUGGACGACCGGCCGGAGCUGUUUCGCACCGUUGAAGAUAUGCUGCCGCAUCUGCAUGUGCAGCAGACGGCCGCCACCGGGAAACCGCUGUACCUGUGCGUCCGGGUGGGCGCCCCUGUCAACAAGAGCCCCAAGGCCAUCCACGGCCCGGUGGAGGCCUACGGGAAGAAGAAGCUCAAACCGGAAUACUGGUUCGCCAUUGAGCGCGACAAGGCCGAGAAGUUUUACGGAUUUCUCGUGCACUGGAAGCCGGAGGCGUACGGCACGGAGAUGAUGGACCCGGCGGAACUCGGGUUUAUGUUGUUCGAUGAGCCGGAUGAGGAGAUGCACGAGCAUUUCGCCAAGGAUUUACGAGGUAUGGCCAAAGAAUGGGAAGUGAUCGCCUUCGAUGAGGCCCGUCGGCGCGCCUUCUUCCUGGACCGCGAAGAGAGCAUCCCGCUGCCGGAGAUGCGCGGCGGGAAGAGCGACAUCCUGACGGACAGCAUGUGCCAGUCGCUGGUGCCGCAUCUGCCGGCCCGCGCCCAGGGCUAUCCCUGGCAUCUGGUCUACAGCACCAGCGCCCACGGCUUCAGUCUCAAGUCGCUGUACCGGCGGAUGCAGGAUAUCGAUGCGCCCUCGCUGUUCCUGAUUCAGGACAUCCACGAACACGUCUUCGGUGCCAUCAUCUCCUGCGGACUGAAAGUGGCCGAACAUUUCUAUGGGACCGGCGAGAGUUUGCUCUUCACAUUUGUGCCCGAGUUCAAGGUGUACAACUGGAAUGGUGACAAUCAGUACAUUGUCCGUGGACAACCGGAAAGUAUUGCCAUUGGAUCAGGAAGUGGGACCUUCGGUCUGUGGUUGGACAGUGAUUUCUUCCACGGUCGCACCCAGGAGUGCACCACCUUCGACAACGAGCCCCUGUGUCCCUGCGGGGAUUUCCAGGUGAAGAUGGUGGAGGCGUGGAGUUUCUACUGAGGAACUGGAGGAAACCGCCUGCAGCACACUGUAUAAUAUUAUACACACACCCUGCGCCUCUCUUGUCCUGACCGUCUUUUGGAUUGCUUUGUGAUCAAUGAAUGAAGUGUUAUAAUUAUUCUGCGUUGACCGGAAUUGCGCCCGCCGAUUCCCUUUGGCCUCCCUGCUCACAAUGCGCGGAUUCUUCGAUAUUAUUAUUCGAUAAUUAUUAUUCCGAUAGUGGUGCCCGAAUUGUGCGCGUGACCUUGCGAUAUAUGUUGGCGUUCCUGUUGCGGCUGGUGUUCAGAGAGUUUUAUUUCACAGAAUUUUUUCUCUUCUUGCGAAGUAUGGUGUUUGGUUGGAUGGUGUAUACUAGCAGUGGCUGGGAUUUAUGUGUGUGAUUUAUUCUUGUUUUCUUGCUUCUCCCCCCGCAGUUGUCGGGGGCAUCAGCUGUGAAUAGGGUGCGGUUUAGUCGUGGCGGCAUGCCCGUUCAUUCAUCCUGUUAAUAGUGGUGAUUAUGGAUUGAUUAAAAACUGACGAUAGAA